CCCCCCGCCUCCCCCUCCCACACGGUGACGGCUUGUGACCGGGGGGAGCUGCGACAGCGGGGCUCGGAUCUGCCGAUUGCAGACAACAACAGCGCUCCCUCGGUAGGAGGGGAAGGCCGAGCCCGCCAAAAGCCCGGCCGGCCGGCGGGCGCUGCCGCUGUGGAGGGGCGUUCGCCGUUGCCCGGACAACCAGGAGGAGCGGCGAGGGCGGACUAGGCCGGAGGCCUCGGAGCGGGUCGGCCUUUGCCAGCGGGGUGUUCGUGAAGGUCUACCCCGUCUCACUGGAAGCGCGGACCGCAGACGGUGGAUUCAGCAGUGAGGUUUCCAGGCAUGUGACAAGUGUUAUUCAGAAGAGAGUUUCUUGUGAGCUGGUUCCCAAAUCCUUUUUUAGCGCUGACAUCUGUUCGUUGGUGCUCUGCAAUGGAAGAUCUUCCCCGACAGCCGUCUCCACUAAAUGUGGGAGUAGAUCUGUAUGGAGCGGAUUCAGAGCUGCAAAAGAUGUUAAUUGAUGAGAGAAUGAGAUGUGAACAUCACAAGAACAACUAUCAAACACUGAAGGCUGAGCACACAAGGUUGCAGAAUGAAUACACAAGAUCCCAGAAUGAACUAACACGGAUGCUGACAGACAAACAAAGUACUCAGGAGAAAUUCCAACUACUUCUUGCUGAACUUCGUGGGGAAUUACUGGAUAAAACAAGGGAACAAGAGGAACUGAAAAUGCAGAUAGUAACACCUCAAAAACUGGAGUUAUUAAAAGCACAAAUACAACAAGAUCUUGAGGCACCUAUGAGGGAACGCUUCAGGAAACAAGAAGAGGAAGCCGAAAGAUACAGAGCUGAAUAUAAUAAAAUGCGAUAUGAAUACACGUUCCUAAAAUCAGAGAUUGAGCAUCAAAAGGAAGAGAAUGAACGAAUCCUGAGUGAGAAAGCGAUCAAAUUUGAAGCUGAGAUUGCUAGGUUGGAAGUUGACAAACAAGCUCUGCACGACCAGAUAAUGAGUAUUGACCCCUCAAGAGAUAGUAAACGCGUCGAAGCGCUCUUGAGGGAAAAAGCCCAACACUGUCAGAAAGUCAAGUGUCUGGAAUCUGAGGUGGCAGAGCUCCGGGCUCAGAGAGAGAAUUCCGGUGCACAAGCUGAGAGCGUGCAGAGAAUUCAACUGAGACAGUUGGCUGAAUUUCAAAGUGCCAUCAAAUCUUUGGAGGCAGAGAAGCAAUCGCUAAAAAUGCAUCUUGAGCGUUUGGAGAAGGAGCUGCAGCUGGUUCUUGAGCAGAACACACAGUUGACCACCAAGUUGCACAAAGCUGAGCGGGAAGUCAAUGCUUUGUCGGUCAAACUAGAAGAAUGUAAACAUGCCUAUAAGCUAGAAGUUACAAACGUCAAACUAGAUGCGGCGAGAUCCAAAGGGGAAGUUGAGAGAGAAAGAGAUAAGAUGCAAAGCCUAAUGAAUGGUUUAGAAUCAGAUAAUGAAAUUUUGAAGGCCAACAUUGAAAGACACAAAGAGCUUAUGGCAGCAAAAGAAAGAGAGCUGAUUCGGAAGGUUCAGGCGGCUAAAGAGGAAGAUUUCCAGAAACUUGCAGCGUUGCAGAGUGAAAAAUUGGAAAUAGAAAAUAAAAUGGCUGACCUGGAGAAGCUGAAGGCUGAACAGGAUAUAACGUGGCAGGCUGAAAAGGAUCAUUUGGGAGAGAAGAUGCAUGCCGUACUGUUAGAAGAGGAGGCAUCCAAGAGGGAGGUCCUCAACCUCAGGUCUAAGCUUCAACAGCACAUACAUCAGAUUGAAGAACUUGGGAACGCAAGGAAUGACAAUGAUGAACUAAGACAGCAAAUCGGUGAACUGCAGAUCCAGGUUAACACGGCGACACAGUCAGAAAAUGAUUCACUGGAGAACAAUAAAAAACUACGAGAAAUGCUUGACCGCUUAAAGGAGGAAGUUCGUAAUGGAAGAAGCCAAGCAGAGCGAGCACAGCAGGAAGCUGAGAAAGUGGUGGAAGAAAAGCGCAUAGAGUGGUUGGAAGAGAAGCAAAAGCUGCAGAAUCGUACCACGGAACUGGAGGAGAAGUACUGCCAGGCCAAAGAACGACUGCAACGUGCAGCCUUAGCUCAGAAGAAGAGGAAAACAUUGAAUGAAAGUAAACAGAAAAGAUUACAGGAAAAGGUACAGCUGCUGGAGGCAAAAAAAGAAGAGCUAGAGAUUGAGAAGCAUACAUAUAAACAAAAUGUUCCUUAUGAAAAUCAUGCCAGAGUUCAGAAAAGGUUAAAGGAUCUACAGCGUAGACACAAUGAAUUCCGAAGGCUUAUUCUGGGAGCAAACCUUUCAUCUACUGGUCUGGGUAAUACAAUCAAUUUUCUACCACCUACCGUGAUGCAAGGCAUUGAAACAACAUUCGGAAACAUUCAGGAAGAACAACAUCAGAACGAGCUGCAUCUGAUACGCAAACGACUAGAGGAACUGGAGACGAAUCAAAAACAGCAACUCCAGGAGCUUGGUGCUCUCGACUGAACUCAUGUUUACAGAUGUGGGAAUGGCAUUUUUGAGUCAUAAAGAACAAAUAAUUAUCAUUUAUUUGAUACUAGUUAUUGCACAAGUUGAUUUUUGAAUAUAGUACGUGUGGGGAAAUGUAUGUGAAACUGGUUUACAUAAUGCAACGUACUAUCUCAAGUCCUUACACAUAACGUAUUGUGCCUUUUGAAGAGUUGGGAUUUGAUAGUGUGGACAGGGUAGCAUGCGGUUCAGCUGAACUGAACAUUAUAACACGAUACCGAGCUAAUAAAUAAUCCGGAUUUAUUCCUCGCUUAUCUACAUUACACACACUACUCUACAGGUAUGGUUUCGUGAUGAAGCCAAUCUUCUGUCUCUAUAUUUGAGGAAGUUCAAGAAAUUGUAAUAUUGGCUAUGUUACGGUAUAAUAGCACGUGCUUUUUGAGUUGUGUCUUGAAUUUUAUGAUAAGAAAGUUCAGAAAACACCUGACAACAGGAAUGUCAUUGGUAUUCCCUUGCAGUCUGGGUGUGUUGGUUCCUUAAUCUACACACACACCCAGUUCAGAGACUGGCUACUCAGCGUUAUCCUAACUUCAGUACUUGCAUCCAGAUGGCACUGUGCAAGAAUGAUCUGAGGUGAUCAAUUGUGUAACUGUUUUGGGAUAUUUAUAAGAUCAUAAGUGAUAGGAGUGGAAUUAGGCCAUUCAGCCCAUUGAGUCUACUCCGCCAUUCAAUUAUGGCUGACCUAUCUAUCUCUCCCUCCCAACCCCAUUCUCUUGCCUUCUCCCCAUAACCUCUGACACCCAUAUUACCAGUAGGAAACAUGUCCUUACAAGAAUAACACGAAAAUAAUGGGAACCAGUUUGAGAAUUGAGCCUUGGAACAGAGUAUUGCCACUCCAUGCCAGGAACUAGGUUUUCUGAAGAACAUCAUACAAAAGAAAAUGAUUGCAAGAGAUAAAGAUUUAAAUUGUGGAUCUGCCUAUGUUUGACCCGUGUGAAAUGGGGUGUGUAGGGCAGAAUAGCCUCACCCUGUUCAUAAUGUUCCUUUGCCAUGAUUUAUGCUUCCCUUGAUCUCGUGCAAAUCUUAACUCAAUUCCUCUUUAUGUAUUAAGUUGUGGUUAACCUGCCUUUCCUGAAUUUGAUUUGUCUUAAGAAAUAUAUUCUGUGCAUUUUCUUGAGCAAAAAGUUUUUAAAAAAACACCCAUUUAAGUAAUAAUACAGAAAGAGAAAGGACAAAUGAGGUUUUCAAGUCUAAAAUGAGGCUGUUUCAAUGGGUGGAGGGAGUUGAGGGGACAAAACUUGACAUUUCAACCAGGAUGGUAACCACAUGGUUUAUGUGAGCUUGCUGAUAAAAUGAAACCACAUUUCUAAUUCUGGAGUAAAACCAACUUCCUUCUGCAAUGAAGUGUCACCACAACACCAUAGCAGCAGUGCAGUGGUAGAUCUGUGAAUGUACUGGAGCAGAAAAUUGAAGCUCAAAACGCAAUCUCAUAAUCCCAGCAACAUGCCAGAAAACAUCUUUGCAUCAUUUAUUUUACUUUGUGCAAUUUAUGAAUUUAAAAAAUAUACAGUUUGUCCAGAAUGGCAUAAAAGGUUUAUUCUGAAAUGUACUAUAGGUUUAAGUGCAGGAACAAUCUUGUGUUAUUCAGCUUUCUUUAUUUUUUUUCAUAACAACAGAAUUGUGUGUCUGCUAAUAACUGCAGUAAUUUGAUUUGAAGCACACACUGCAAUUCAAGAACUUGGUGUUAGCCCUUAGCACGGAGAGCUCUCACCAAGAUGGUAUUUGUUUUAUCACAAUUUCUUGUUUUAUUUAUUUUUAAUUGUUUCCAAUUGAUCAAGGGAUAUCUAAUUUAUAAUAAACUCCAUUAAGAUAUUUAACAUGUUUUUCUCAUUCAUGAUGUUUACUUUCUUGGUCUUUUAAGUGAUUACUGGUUGGUUGAAUGUUUUUGUACAAUUCCUUUUUAAUUAAUUGAUGUACCGACAAGUACAAUGGGUUUGGAAAGUUUUUAUCGAUGAUACCAAAUAAACAUUUUGCCUGA